AUGUCAGGCGGCGAGACGAAGAAACGGAAGAAAGUGGUUGUCGGGGGAAGUUCUGGCAAUGCCAAACUCUUUGUGGAUAAAGAUGCUAAUAAGAGGGCUCAGAAAUGGGAACCUCUGUUUGAUGUGAAUAUGGAAGAUAAAACAUAUGUUGAACUGGUUAAGUAUUUUUAUGUAAAUGUUCAUGACUACAAGGAGAAUGAGCUAACAUUUAAGACAAUGGUUAAGAAGAAAUCCAUCACUGUUUCGCCUGAUCUUAUUUCAAAUAUAUUAAAAAUUGAUAGACCAAACAUUCCUGAGAAUUCCAUUAUCUUUUCAUAUUCAAGUAAGGAGCAGGCUCCCAAAAUGGCGAGGGUUAUUCGACGUAUUUGUAUUGGGAGUGUCCCUUGA